GAAGGAAGAUCAUGAUAAGAUUCUAUUCACAUAUAUAUUACGAAAAGUUUGUCUUAAAUUGUCAGGAUUUUCAUCUCUAAAGCGGUUACCGGAAUUCCGAACCGCAGCAGUAUGAGAUUAUUCGUACCACUUUUGGCAGUGGCAGUUUUUGUCACUGUCACAGAAGCUGGCAUGAGCUACGGUGGAGGAGUUUACAGAGGUGGAAAAGGAAAAUAUGAUGGCUAUAGAGGAGGAGGCGGUGGACGAGGUGGGGGAUUUGGUGGAGGUGGAGGACGUGAUGGCGGAUUCGGUGGUGGUGGACUUGGUGGAGGUGGAUUCGGUGGUGGAGAACGUGGUGGUUUUGAUAAAGGAAUCGGUGGAGGAAAGUUUGGAGGUGGCGGAGGGCGAGGAGGAGGCGGUGGAUUUGGUGGUGGAGGACGAGGAGGUGGAUUUGGUGGUGGAGGACGUGGGGGUGGAUUUGGAGGAGGAGAAGAGAAAGGUAUUGGAGGUGGAUUCGAUAGAGAUGAUUUUGGUGGAGGUGGAAGGGGUGGUGGUGGUUUUGGUAAAGGUAUUGGGGGUGGAUUAGAUAGAGAUAUUGGUGGAGGAGGAAGAGGAGGAGGAAGAGGAGGAGGUGGAUUUGAUAGAGACAUUGGUGGAGGUGGCUUCGGAGGCGGGCUCAAUCGAGGAGGUUAUGAUGAGGAAGACUUUGCUGGUGGACGAAGAGGUAAAGGAAAAUUUGGAAAAGUCUAAGAUAUGGAUUAGUUGAAUUAAGGAAAAAAGACUUGAAGACUUACACUCAAAAGGUUGUGAUAAAUAAAAGUGAAUAAAACUUUUUUUUCUAUUUUUUAAAAUACACAGUUUGUAACAAUUUUACAAUAUUUGUUUUCUUUAACUUUUUUGUGGACAGCAUAUUGUUUUCUAUUUUCCUGGAAUUGAUUACUUUCUGUAAAAUGCAUUUACUUAUUUUUUGUGAUUGCAAUUGUGUUGCAUUGUUCUUAAAAAUAAAUUUGUAUUACAAUUA